UUGGUCUUUGGGUCGCUUUCCGGUGUCCCCAAGUUCUGGGACUCUGCGCGGACCCCGAGGAGGAGGAAAGAAUAGUUGCCUGUUUGGAAAUCGAAGUUCAGCUCUGGCUUUUCUGGACUCUGCUUCUACAAUAGAGGAACCCCACAGAGCACUACUUAGUUCUUGCAAUUAUAGAACCAUGGCUGAUGGGUUGGUGACUUUCAGGGAUGUGGCCAUCGACUUCUCUCAGGAGGAAUGGGAGUACCUGGACCCUGCUCAGAGGGACUUGUAUGUGGAUGUGAUGUUGGAGAACUAUAAUAACUUGAUCUCACUGGAUUUGGAGUCAACAUAUGAGACCAAAAAUACCUUUUCAGGAAAGAACAUUUCUGAAAUAAAUUUUUCCCAAUGGGAGGUAAAGGAAAGAAGUAAAACCCUUGGUCUUGAGGCAUCCAUGAUCAAAAAUGAUUGGAAGUGCAAAAGCAAAUUUGAGGGACUACAGGAACAUCCAGAGGAAUGCUUCAGUCAAAUGAUAAUCAGCUAUGAAAAAAUGCCCACUUACAAAAAAAGUAAAUCUCUUAUUGCACAUCAAAGUAUUCAUAAUCCAGAGAAACCCUAUAUUUGUAAGGAAUGUGGGAAGACGUGUAGUCAUGGUUCAGAACUCGUUCAACAUGAGAGAACUCAAACAGCUGAAAAACACUUUGAAUGUGAAGAAUGUGGAAAAGACUUUUUUAGUGCCUGUCAACUCACUGUGCACCAGAGAUUUCAUACUGGUGAGAAACCCUACAAAUGCAAGGAAUGUGGGAAGACUUUUAGUUGGGGAUCAAGUCUUAUUAAACAUAAGAGAGUCCAUACUGGUGAGAAGCCCUAUGAAUGUAAAGAAUGUGGGAAGACCUUUAGUCGUGGCUAUCAUCUUACUCAACAUCAGAAAAUUCAUAUUGGUGUGAAAUCUUAUGAAUGUAAGGAAUGUGGGAAGGCCUUUUUUUGGGGCUCAAGCCUUGCUAAACAUAAGAUAAUUCAUUCAGGUGAGAAACCUUAUAAAUGUAAAGAAUGUGGGAAGGCAUUUAGUUGUGGCUAUCAACUUACUCAGCAUCAGAAAAUCCACACUGGUAAGAAACCUUAUAAAUGUAAAGUAUGUGGGAAGGCUUUUUGUUGGGGUUAUCAGCUUACUCGACAUCACAUAAUUCAUACUGGCAAGAAACCCUACAAAUGUGAGGAAUGUGGGAAGAGCUUUAAUUGUGGUUCAAGUCUUGUUCAACAUGAGAGAAUUCAUACUGGUGAGAAACCCUAUGAAUGUAAAGAUUGUGGGAAGGCUUUUAGUCGUGGCUAUCACCUUACUCAACAUCAGAAAAUUCAUACUGGUGAGAAACCUUUUGAAUGUAAGGAAUGUGGGAAAGCCUUUAGUUGGGGUUCAAGCCUUGUUAAACAUGAGAGAGUUCAUACUGGUGAGAAAUCCUAUGAAUGUAAGGACUGUGGGAAGGCCUUUGGUAGUGGGUAUCAACUUACUCGACAUCAGAUAUUUCAUACUGGAGAAAAACCCUAUGAAUGUAAGGAAUGUGGGAAGGCCUUUAAGUGUGGUUCAAGUCUUGUUCAACAUGAGAGAAUUCAUACUGGUGAGAAACCCUAUGAAUGUAAAGAUUGUGGGAAGGCUUUUAGUCGUGGCUAUCACCUUACUCAACAUCAGAAAAUUCAUACUGGUGAGAAACCUUUUGAAUGUAAGGAAUGUGGGAAAGCCUUUAGUUGGGGUUCAAGCCUUGUUAAACAUGAGAGAGUUCAUACUGGUGAGAAAUCCUAUGAAUGUAAGGACUGUGGGAAGGCCUUUGGUAGUGGGUAUCAACUUACUCGACAUCAGAUAUUUCAUACUGGAGAAAAACCCUAUGAAUGUAAGGAAUGUGGGAAGGCCUUUAAGUGUGGUUCAAGUCUUGUUCAACAUGAGAGAAUUCAUACUGGUGAGAAACCCUAUGAAUGUAAAGAUUGUGGGAAGGCUUUUAGUCGUGGCUAUCACCUUACUCAACAUCAGAAAAUUCAUACUGGUGAGAAACCUUUUGAAUGUAAGGAAUGUGGGAAAGCCUUUAGUUGGGGUUCAAGCCUUGUUAAACAUGAGAGAGUUCAUACUGGUGAGAAAUCCUAUGAAUGUAAGGACUGUGGGAAGGCCUUUGGUAGUGGGUAUCAACUUACUCGACAUCAGAUAUUUCAUACUGGAGAAAAACCCUAUGAAUGUAAGGAAUGUGGGAAGGCCUUUAAGUGUAGUUCAAGUCUUGUUCAACAUGAGAGAAUUCAUACUGGUGAGAAACCCUAUGAAUGUAAAGAUUGUGGGAAGGCUUUUAGUCGUGGCUAUCACCUUACUAAACAUCAGACAAUUCAUACUGGUGAGAAACCUUUUGAAUGUAAGGAAUGUGGGAAAGCCUUUAGUUGGGGUUCAAGCCUUGUUAAACACGAGAGAGCUCAUAGUGUUGAGAAAUCCUAUGAAUGUAAGGACUGUGGGAAGGCCUUUGGUAGUGGGUAUCAACUUAUUCGACAUCAGAUAUUUCAUACUGGAGAAACAACCUAUGAAUGUCAGGAAUGUGGGAAGGCCUUUAAGUGUGGUUCAAGUCUUGUUCAACAUGAGAGAAUUCAUACUGGUGAGAAACCCUAUCAAUGUAAAGAUUGUGGAAAGACUUUUAGUCGUGGCUAUCACCUUACUCAACAUCAGACAAUUCAUACUGGUGAGAAACCUUUUAAAUGUAACAAAUGUGGGAAGACCUUCAGUUGGAGUUCAAGCCUUGUUAAACAUGAGAGAGCUCAUACUGUUGAGAAAUCCUAUGAAUCUAAAGAAUGUGGGAAGGUCUUUGGUAGUGGAUAUCAAUUUAGUGUUAAUCAGAGAUUUCAUAUUGGUAGGAAACAUUAUCAAUGUAAGGAAUUUGGGAAGACUUACUCUGACUCAAGCCUUGUUCAACAUUAUAGAACUCAUAGUAAUGAUAAACCCUGUGAAUGUAAAGAAUGGAGAAGCCUUUAUAUGGACAACUUACUCAACUGGAACGAUAUUGGUGAAACUUUAUGAUUGAAGAGAUAUGAAAACAUUUUUUUGUGUAUGGAUAAGAAGAGAAAUCUUAUUCUGAAGAAAACUUAUGAAUGUAGGUAAUGUGCAAAAGCCUCACCUGUGUAUGGACAAUUUGCUUGAUAUCAGGAAAUUCAUUCUAGUAAUAUUUUUAAUAUAAGGAAUAUGAAAAGGCCUUUAGAAUUUUUUUUAUUAAACAUCAAUUUAUACUGAUUUGAAACCAUUUAAAUGAAAGGAGUGUAUCUUUGUUCAUUACAUAGAGUCUGAUAAGCUUUGCAGAAUUUAUACUUACUAGAAACACUUUAAGGAAUGUGGGAAGAACCUAAAUUCAAUUCAGUUCUUGCUCUGCACAUCAGACUUUAAACGGCUGUGAAAUCCUAUGAAUGUAAGGAAUGCAGAAAGGAUUAUAGAUGUGGUAAGCAUCUUAGAAUACAUCAGAGAAUUCAUCCAAAUGAGGAACCCUUUGGAUUAGAAUGUAGGAACAAUUUUAGAUAAGUGCUACUCAAACUGUUGUCUGGAGACUAGUGCCAGUCCACAAAUUUGUUACCUGUCCAUUAUGAGAUAAAUGCAUCUUCGCCCCUCCUA